GUGUGUGGGCUGCUUUACAUGACCGUUCUUCCAAAAAUGAAGAAGGAACUUGGUCCUUGUCCCUGUUUCGCAUUUUUUCUAGUCUUGUUGGUGUGUUUAACAGAAUCAGCAACACCAAAGAGUGAAAGUGGGAAUAUAGGUGCCAUAGUAGAUAACAGCAGUUCUAGGAUGGGUAAAGAGGCCAAAGUGGCCAUGGAGAUAGCAAUUCAUGAUUUCAACACUCAAACCACUACCAAUCAAAGCUUGAUUCUUCGUCUUCACAUUCCAAUAAUUAGCAAGCAAAGUGAACCCAUUCAGGCAGCUCUUGCAGCUAGAAGCCUCAUCAAGACAAAGAAAGUGCAAGCAAUUCUAGGACCUCACGCAUGGGAAGAAUCAUCACUGGUUGCAGAUGUUUGCACCCAAGCUCACAUUCCCAUUCUCUCUCUUGCCACCGAUUCAACCCCAGAAUGGGCAAUGCUGCGUUGGCCCUUCCUCAUCCAAGCCUCCUCCUCGCCCAAUCAACGCUCACAAAUGAAAGCCGUGGCUGCAAUUGUCCAGUCAUGGGAAUGGCACAGAGUCACUCUGAUAUACGAGGACACGACAAACUCAGCUUCUAAUGGUGUCAUAUCUCAUUUAUCAACUGCCCUACGUGAAGUGGGCGCUGAAAUUGAUCAGCUUAUAGCUCUCCCACCAUUCCCAUCCUCUUCAUUCUCUGAAAAGCUCCAGAGGCUUAAAGGCGAGCAAUGCAGAGUCUUCGUGGUUCACGUAUCUCUCCCACUGGCAAUCCAUUUCUUUGCCAAAGCAAAGAAAAUGGAAAUGAUGACAAAGGACUAUGUAUGGAUCACCACAGACACAAUCACAAGUCUAAUCUAUUCCCUUGACGCCUCUGCCAUUUCCUCAAUGCAAGGUGUAAUCGGCAUCAAGGCCUACUUCCCUGAAACCGGGCCACGUUUCCAAGAAUUCACCAAGAAAUUCAAAAAAAAGUUCAGCAAAGACCACCCUGAAGAAAAAAACCACGAACCUGGGAUUUUUGCAGUCAAAGCCUACGAUGCCACGUGGGCAGUUGCUCUGGCAUUGGGAGGUGCAGGUAAAUCGGACGGCCAAGAAAUCACAGAAAAAAUUUCAUCAACUGAUUUCAAUGGUUUGACAGGUAAAAUUCGAUUCAAUGGAAGGAAAUUAGCUCCAUCACAUACAUUCCAGAUUGUCAAUGUGAUUGGAAAGAGUUACAGAGAACUCGGGUUUUGGACAGAAGGAAGAGGCUUCUCAGAGGCAAUUGAUCAAACAGUUUUUUACAAUUCAUCAAUGCAGGUUUUGGAGCAAGUGUUUUGGCCUGGGGGAGCUCGGUAUACUCCAAAAGGAUGGACUGUUUCCACAGAGAUUGAACGGCUGAGAAUUGGCGUGCCCACCGGAUCAAUGUUCAAACAGUUUGUAAAUGUGGAGCACGACGAUCAGACAAACCGAUUUUCAUUUACUGGAUUUUCAAUUGAUGUCUUCAAAGCAACAAUAGAACGCUUGCCGUAUGAUUUUCCGUAUGAAUUUGUACCAUUUGAUGGUGACUAUGAUGAUUUGGUGAAGCAAGUUCACUUGAAGAAUUUCAGGGGAGUAGUUGGUGAUGUAAAAAUACUAGCAAGUAGAUAUCAGUAUGCAGAAUUCACAGAGGCAUACACAGAAUCAGGAUUGGUGAUGGUAGUCCCAGUUCAAUUACAAACAAACAGGGCUUUGUUAUUCAUGAAACCAUUCACAACAGACAUGUGGAUUCUAAUAAUGGCUAUCAAUAUAUACAAUGGCUUUGUUGUAUGGUUAAUAGAGAGAAAUCACUGCCCUGAACUUCAAGGCUCUGUCAUGGAUCAAAUUGGGACCUUGCUUUGGUUAGGCUUCACCACACUCUUCUCUUUGAAUGGGGAAAAACUGCAUAGCAAUUUGUCAAGAAUGGCAAUGGUGGUGUGGCUCUUUGUGGCACUCGUCAUCACCCAAAGUUACACUGCCAGCCUCACUAGCAUGCUCACCGUGCAGCAGCUUCAGCCCGCAACAAGAAACAUUGAAACCUUGAAGAAUAGCAAUGCAAUGGUUGGGCACGGCAAGGGAACCCAUGUCCCGACAUAUUUGAAAGAUGUCUUGGGAUUCAAGUCCACCAACCUCAAGAACUUUAGCUCACCCCAAGAAUGCGCUCAAGCGCUCAAGAGUGGAGAAAUAGCAGCCCUCUUUCUUGUAGCUCCUUUCGCAAAACUGUUCCUCGCCAUGUACUGCAAGAGCUUCAUCCUAGCAGGGCCGUCGUAUAAAAUUGGAGGCUUUGGAUUUGUAUUUCCGAAGGGAUCUCCAAUGCUUGCUGAUAUAAAUGAAGCACUAUUGAAGGUGGCAGAGAGUGGUACACUAGGAGAGUUAGAGAACAGCAUGACUGGGACUGAGUGUUUGGACAUGGAAUCUGAUCAUGGAAACCCUACCCUCAGCCUCAACAGCUUUUGGAUACUCUUCAUAUUAACAGGAGGCACUUCAACAGUUGCUCUUGUGUUCUAUGUCAUUCUUGGCAAGUGGAAAUUCAGUCACAUGCUUCAACACAAGAUCAACUGGAGACUUAUAUUGGCCAUGUUGAGCAAAAAUUAUCAGUUGAGACCGGAACAUCACGUGACCAAGUGCCCGAUCGGUGGUGUUUUAUGAUUUUU